CGCCCGAGAAUCACGUCAUUUUCCCGCGACGAGCCUGCGAAGAUGGCUUCGUUACAGAAGGGGAAGAAAGUGGUAAAUCAAGACGAUUUACGGCGGUUAAUGAGGGAGAAGAAGCGAUCGACGGAGCGAGAGAAGCGCGUGGAAUCGCCGUACGCCAAAUACAACAGUGUGGGUCAGCUGAGCUGCGCGCUGUGUAACGCGCCGGUCAAAUCCGCGCUGCUGUGGCAGACUCAUGUGCUGGGAAAACAACACAAGGACAGAGUCAGCGAGCUGAAGAACAGAGACAGCACACCGACACCAGCUCCUUCAUCCUCCUCCUCAUCCUCAGCGCUGAAGAGAGGCGCGCCGGAGCCCGUGUGCUCUUCAUCAGGGAAGAGAGCCAAGAGUCACAUCGCUGCAGGUGCAGCCGCGGGGCAGCCGGAGCAGACAGCCGUAUCUUCCCGUCCGUCUGCAGGUCUCGGGCUCCUCACUGGACAUUAUGAUGAUGAUGAUGAUGAAGACACCAGCAGUGCAGCUCCAGCUGAGGAGCCGGUCCCGGCUGCCGGCCUCCCCGCAGAUUUCUUCGACAGCAGCGUCUCCGCCGUGCCGCCAGCCGUCUCUCACUCCGGCUCCGUGUCUAAAGCCGAGGAUGGGGACGAGACGGCGCAGGAGAAGAAGGACAACACAGCCGAAGCUUUACCCGAGGGCUUCUUCGACGAUCCGGUGCGCGACGCUAAAGUGCGUAACGUGGACACACCCCGAGAUCACAUGGACCGCGAGUGGGAGGAGUUCCAGAAGGAGAUGCGGCAGGUGAACAGCGCGUCCGACGCCAUCGUGGCUGAAGACGACGAGGAAGGACGGCUGGAGCGGCAGAUCGACGAGAUCGACGAGCAGAUCCAGUGCUUUCGGCGCGUGGAGGUUCUACGCGCCAAACAGGAGGUUGUGAAGAGCGCGCUAAGGAGAGAGAGACGGCAGCGAGACGAGCCGCGGUCGGCCGGCAGCGAGGAGGAGGACGAGGAAGAGCUGAUGCACGUGCUGACGCAGGACUGGAGGGCCAAAGGAGCGCUCGCGUGAUCAAAGACACCUUUACCUGCUGAAGACGUUUCCUGUAAAACUCAUUUCUGACCUGAUUUAAUUCUCCUGAAGUGAUGAUGAUGUGCGUUAAUACAGAGACUAAUUAAAUCAAAACACGGUGUGAACUUUCUGUAAAGCAGAGCAGCUUCAGAGGAGUUUGGACAUGUUUGAUUGUUCUCCGAUUCCUGCAGAAAUCUAUAAUAAUCCUCUGAUGUCCUACAGUUAGUGUCAGUUUUGUUUAACCCAUAUUCAAAAUACACAUCUUUACACGACUCAUGAUGUUUGUUUAAUACCGCAAUGCCUGAUAAAAGCAGACUAGAGCAGAUGAUAGGAUAGUUCACAGAGACGAUAUAAACAAUCGAGCAGUUGAGAUUUCUGCUGUGCAACGAAUGUUAAGGCAGGAGAUAAAUAUAUAAUCUCUGAACCCGUUCAGCUGCACACAAUUAGAAGAUCAUUUGCGAUGUACAGAUUUCUCAUCUGGAAGAGAGGCAUACGCACGUUCAUUCUCUGAGUCACACAUACACAGAUUUGAGAAAUGAUCGUAAGAUCAAAUGUAGGAUGUUUUCUACGCCACAUUUUAUAAAAGAAACCCCUGGAGCAGAGGAAGAUUGUGAAGUUUCAGGCUGUAGGUUUGCGUCUGUACAGUCUUGUAUAAAAAGGUUUAUAUAGCACUAAAUAAAAUGAUCCACGUUC